AUGUUAGGAAGGGGAGACAGCACUAUGUUCGACAACGAGCCCAGUCUUAAGCCUGUGUGGUAUGGUAGAGUAAACUUUUCUACGGAAACAAAACCACCUGAAUCCCUACAAGAGUACGUAUCUUAUGACCAUGAUUGGAAUAGUAGGGUUCCAUGGAAGAACGAUCCCAAUGUGUUUCAUUGUGUCAAUGAGUGUAACCGUUGGGUGAGAAUUCCACUUAAAAACCUGUGUAUUCACCUGGAUUAA